AUGCCUUCAUCAGAAGAUUCAGAACAACCCCAUCCACCAACAUCAUCAAUGAGAAGACGUCGCACCGUAUUAUUGGAUCUUCCCUCGGAAAUCCACCUCCAGAUCUCAUCAUAUCUCCUGUACCCAGAUGCGCUAGCUCUGAAACACACUUGCCGCCAUUUCUACAGCCUAGUGUAUACGGGUGUACACCUUAAAGUUGACUGGCUCGUUCAGCGAUUCGAGCGCAGGCUCGAAUGUCCCAUGGAGAAAUGCUCGUUCCGCACAGAUGAAGUCUUCUGCAAUGCUAAAAUUCGUGGCAUCAUGGAGCGUCGACGAUGGCAUCUUGAGUGUCGACCUGAAUCAGGUGGCUGCUGGGUUAUUGAGGGACAGAGUUGCAGUGCGAAUUUGGUGCAUACGUGGAUGAAGAGACACCAGAAGUAUUACAGAAACAAGCGGAUUGGGAAUUUGAUUCGCGAAGGUGAGAAUAGUGAUCCAUAUUGA